AUCAAGCACAUGGAGACAGAUUUAUUGGAGCUUGCAAGUAAAGAAUUACUCGACUGUUGUAAGGUAGAUGAAAACAUAUGCUACCCACAUAAAUUAUCCCUCGCAUUCAACUGGGUUAAAGCUAAUGGCUUAAGGAAGGAGGAGAACUAUCCUUUUGAAACAGAGAAAGGUGACUGCAAGCCUAAGACUGAGCAAGAGAUUGAGACUUCUAUUUGGAUUACGGGAUGUGUGAAGGUUGACAGUGAGAAUGAAGAAGAGUUGAUGAAGGCCAGGCUGUCGAUAAGCAACCCGUAGCAGGAGGCAUAUGUCUCUCAGACGAGUUCAGGGAUCUUAAAUAUGAAAUCUAUGAAGGGAGCAACAAAUAUUGGACAAUGGAGGGCCCUAAAGGGAUUGAGAUCAUCCAAAAACAUGCAAUCUUGAUAGUAGGAUAUGACACUGAUUUGAAGACUGGGAAGCGAUAUUGGAUUAUCAAAAAUUCGGUUGGCAAGAAUUGGGGCAUUCAUGGCUAUGGAAGAGUUGCACGUGCUUCUAGUCUUCCAAAAGAUAAAGGGUCACUCAUAUGUCUCACUCGCUAUCCAACUUUUGACUAGUAUGUUUUCUUAGGAUAUUUUUGGUUUAGUUUGUGAAGAACAGAUAACAAAUAGGUGAUUUGAUGUUUGUUUCAGCUGAUGAGUUGUAUUUUCUAUGGGUUCUAUUUUGUCUAAUUGUUCUGGUCAGUUUUCUUCUUCUUGCUUGGUCUAUACUUGAACUGGUUGUAUGAUCUUUUUAUCAAUAUUAUGUGCCAAAAAAUAUACUCCA